AUGGCUACCGGCAAGGCGCCCAAGGAAGCUUUGCAGCUGUCCCAGCAGAUCAGUCUCCAGACAUCGGCAAAAGUGAACCUCGAGGCCAGCAAGCUGCUUUGUAACUUUGGGCGGCUGGAUGAUACCCUUGUGCUUGCUCAGGAGGCAUUGGUAUCGUUCCGGCAAGCUGGAGAUUGGCUUGGAGAGGAAGCGGCCACUGCGGUCCUCAGUGAGGUGUACACUCGUCGUGGCGAGCCAAUGCUGGCACCAAACAGGCCUGAAGCCAUGCAGCUCGUGAAAGACAUGGCGCAGGCAGUGCAGGAGCGGAAUGCAGAUCAGUAUCACAGUGCUGCUGAUAGAUAUGCCAGACUGGCUGUGUCAAGAGCACCUGUUUCAACAGCAGAGCAGCGCCAGAUAUACAAAAGCAUCUUGAGGAGGGACGUAGGGACAUCUGCGGAUUUCAUCAAAGCGAAUGCUGUGGCCACUACGUCUGGGACAGCUGUUGGUGCCACCUUCAUUGGAGCAGAGAAGACGGAAUUUUACACCAGUUUCCGCUUGUCUGGCAUCGCCUAUGGCCCCAGGUACCGAGCCGUCGAUGUGGCCAUGGGUCGUGUAACGGCAGGUGAAGAUGAUUCAGCUGACGCAUAUGCGGUGUACCAAAUCCAGGAAGAUGCCGAUGAUUGGGAGAGGAAGCUAAGUUCUCAUCCGUCGUUGCUGGAUGCAGCCCUGCAGUCAAGUUCAAUUAUCGGAAUGGCUCAGAGCUUGUAG